UGGCACUCAACCAGCAGACAGUUCUAGAGAAAAUAACGAUGAAGUCAACUGGCAUUGGAUUGUUGUUGCUGUGCAUCCUUUCGCUACAAUCUCUCACCAAUGCAUCGCGAAUCGUUGGUGGCAACUUCGCGGAAAAGAAUCAAUUUCCUCAUCAGGUUGCACUGCUGAAAGAUGGCCGUCUCUACUGUGGAGGGUCCGUUGUGAGUGAAACAUGGGUGAUAACGGCGGCGCAUUGUCUGAUGGAUGGUAAGAAUCCUGCUCUGGCGUAUAGAUUUAGGGUCCUUGCGGGUGUCUUGGAGCACAAGAACCAAACCGGUGGACAGCUAUUAGAGGUGAGAAAUGUAUAUCCCCAUGAGGGAUAUGGAAAUUUCUUCAACGACAUUGGCCUGGUGGAAACAGUUGUGCGCUUUGUUUUCGGAAGCGGUGUGCAACCGAUUCCAUUGAGAAGGACUCCUUUGCCCGAUGGGACUGAGAUGGUCAUUUCAGGAUGGGGCAGAACUGGAUAUAAUGAGGAAUUAAGUGAUCGCUUGCAGUAUACCACCAUGAGGUCCAUUCCUUUGAAGCAAUGCACGGAGGAAAUUGGAAUAACCUAUCCUGGUAUUAUUUGCGUCGUGGCAACUGAAGCUGGAAGUCAUGGGCCUUGCAAUGGUGAUUCAGGCGGUCCUGCUGUGGUUAACAAUGAGCUGGUGGGAGUCGCAAACUUUGCGCGAAUCGGAUGUGGUGUCAAUCCAGAAGGCUAUGCCAAUGUACCUUUUUUCACCGAAUGGCUUAACGAUCAUAUGAAUAAAGUGUGAUAAGAAAUUGAUGAUGUAACAUGUAAAAUUACCAAUCAAGAAUAUAUGAAAUAAAUUUUGAAUUGUUUUUGAAUAUUA